GAUUCUUCUUAACUCCCUCCCUAAAUCUCAGUCUCCAUUUUCGUCUCCUCCUCCUCCCCAUGGCCAUGGCGGCCACUUUCAUCAUCCCUAGUUUCUCCUCCUCCUCCUCCUCCGCCGCCGCCGCCGCCGCCGCUCCCAAGCUCCGCCCCGCCUCCUCCUCCUCCUCUCCCUCUCGCCGGACUCCGAAGUGUCCCGCCUCCGUCUUCUUCCCCCGCAUCGCCUCCCGUCCUCCCCAGCAACGGGCCUCCUCCUCCGCGAUCAGAUGCUCCGCCGCUCCUCCUCCCCCGCCGGAGGCCCCCACCACCGCUCCUCCUCCCCGCCCCGAGUACAUCCCCAACCGCAUCCCCGACCCCAACUACGUCCGCAUCUUCGACACCACCCUCCGCGACGGCGAGCAGUCCCCCGGCGCCACCAUGACCUCUAGAAAGCUCGACAUUGCCCGCCAGCUCGCCAAGCUCGGCGUCGACAUCAUCGAGGCCGGGUUCCCCGCCGCCUCCCCGGACGACUUCGGCGCCGUCAAGGCCAUCGCCCUCGAGGUUGGCAACGCUGUUGACCCCCACGGCUACGUCCCCGUCAUCUGCGGCCUCUCCCGGUGCAAUGAGAAGGACAUCCAGGCCGCCUGGGACGCCGUCCGCUUCGCCAGGCGGCCCAGGAUCCACACGUUCAUCGCCACCAGUGCGAUCCACAUGCAGUACAAGCUGAAGAAGAGCAAGCAGGAGGUGAUCGACAUUGCCAGGAGGAUGGUGGCCUUCGCCCGGAGAUUGGGCUGCAACGAUGUCGAGUUCAGCCCCGAGGAUGCUGGCAGAUCGGAGAGAGAGUUUCUCUAUGAAAUUCUGGGUGAAGUUAUCAAGGCAGGUGCCACAACUCUCAACAUACCCGACACUGUGGGUAUUACUAUGCCUCAAGAGUUUGGUAAAUUGAUAGCAGACAUAAAGGCGAAUACACCUGGAAUAGAAAAUGUUAUCAUUUCCACACACUGCCAAAAUGAUCUUGGUCUUUCGACAGCCAACACCAUAGCGGGUGCAUGUGCUGGGGCAAGACAAAUGGAAGUGACAAUUAACGGCAUUGGUGAAAGAGCUGGAAAUGCUUCUUUGGAAGAGGUGGUAAUGGCCUUAAAAUGCAAAGGGGGGAGCAUCUUGGGAGGUCUUUACACUGGAAUCAAUACUCGUCAUAUUGUCAUGACUAGCAAAAUGGUAGAAGAGUACUCGGGCUUGCACGUACAACCUCAUAAAGCUAUUGUUGGAGCUAAUGCCUUUGCUCAUGAAAGUGGCAUCCAUCAGGACGGAAUGCUGAAACACAAAGGUACAUAUGAAAUUAUAUCUCCUGACGAUAUUGGACUUGAGCGAACUAAUGAAGCGGGCAUUGUCCUUGGAAAAUUGAGCGGGCGCCAUGCUUUGAAAAUGAAACUUGUAGAGCUUGGUUAUGAUAUUGAUGGUGAACAACUGGACAAUAUCUUCUGGCGGUUUAAGGCAGUAGCUGAGCAGAAAAAGAGAGUUACUGAUGCUGACAUAAGAGCCCUGGUAUCUGAUGAAGUUUUCCAACCAACAGUUGUAUGGAAGCUUCAUGAUUUACAGGUUACAUGUGGAACUCUUGGUCUGUCGACGGCAACUGUGAAACUUAUCAGUGCUGAGGGAAAAGAGCAUAUUGCUUGUGCUGUUGGUACUGGACCUGUGGAUUCAGCAUACAAGGCUGUUGACCUAAUUGUUAAGGUACCUGCAACACUUCUCGAGUACUCCAUGACCGCCGUCACAGAGGGCAUUGACGCAAUAGCCACAACGCGAGUUUUGAUCCGUGGCGAAAACAAUCACACAUCUACACUUGCUUUAACUGGGGAGACUAUACACCGAACCUUCAGUGGUAUUGGGUCGAGCAUGGAUAUAACAGUUUCAAGUGUGAGGGCCUAUAUUGGAGCAUUGAACAAGAUGUUGGGUUUCAUGGAGCUGACUCCGCUCCAUCAAUGUGAUGACAACAUGAAGAGUCCUUGAGUGUUUUCCACACAUUCCUGGGGAAAUGUCUUCAGAAAUCUAUUUAUCAAGGAUUAACAUUUUUAACAAAUCAUACCUGUAUUGGUGAGCUAGCCUGAAAUUCUCGAGCUUGUGUCUGAGGAGUGUCUUAGUUGUGUAUUAUAGACCAGACAGAUGGUGUCUCCAAUUAGUGAGCUGUUUAGAUGUGCCAAUACAUCUUAGUUUACUUGUUUCCCUUCUCUGAAGGAUUGGAUUUUUAACUUGUUUUUCAAGCUCUCCUAAAUUUGUUGCAAUUUUUGACGAUUAGUGUUGCAUUUGUUGCAUAUAAGAGAACCUAUUGAUCAUUAUUAGAUGUGCAAUUCUAAAGCUA